AUGCUCUGCCAAAAAUGCGAGACCCUGAUCACCUUGGUAAUCGUUACCAAGUGUCGAUGUGAACACUUUAUCCACAAUUCCGCAACCGAAUUCAGUGCGGCAAGUGAGGCCAAUUGUUUCACAUGCUCUUACCUCUGGAGCCUCGUCCAGGAGCACCUCGAGGAUUCGGAUCCCUCGCCUAAACAUCUGCAUCCAUCCGCGAGGGAAAUUCCAGUCAGUCGAGUCAAGUUCCGCCUCGACGAGGAAAUGACUCUUCGGAUGAUAUGGUCAACGGGGGAAGAAUGGAUCCACGCACGUUUCACAGCUUUCCCAGCCGGAGAUCCCGCCUUCGCAAUGGAUCGAAAGGUUGAUGUCGGCACUUUCUCAACGAGUGCGCAACCUGACCUGUGGCGUCAAUGGUUACGGACCUGCAUGGAAUCCCAUGAAAAGUGUAGAGAAAAGCAGGCACAGUUACGGCCUUUUAUGCCUGACCGACUGAUUGAAGUAUGGGAAGGAGAAACUAACAAGGAGUAUGCGUGGAGGCUGGUCAGGGGCUGUAUCCUUGGCCCAGUGCCUUAUCUAACACUGAGUCAUUGCUGGGGAACAGCACAACCAGUACGGCUUAUGAGAGGCGACGAUACUUACUAUCAUUUUCAUACUGCAUCUUUUUUACCUAAAACCUAUCAAGAUGCCUUUUCUGUAACACUUACGCUAGGAUUCCGAUACCUUUGGAUCGACUCCUUGUGUAUUGUGCAAGAUGAUGAGCUGGAUUGGAAAAGUCAAUCCAGCGUCAUGGGAUCUAUUUAUGAGCAUUCAGCUUGUACUAUUGCGGCAACUUGGGCAAGAGAUGGCUCGGAAGGUUGUUUCAUCAGAAGGGAGCCAUCCUCUAUCAACUCAGCAAUUAUUAAGCUCCCGUCCCAGGAAGGACAAUUGAUUGACCACCAUAUGCUAGCCAUAGAUAGUUACUUGGAUGACGUGACGAGCGCGCCACUGAACAGCAGGGGUUGGGUCACUCAGGAACGCUUCUUAUCAAGAAGACAAUUCAACUUCAGCCGUAAGGAGGUUUACUGGGAGUGUGAUGAAUUGAUCGCUUCAGAGCAUUUUCCGAAGGGAGUUCCAGAUGAGCUCUGGGAUCUUACAACCCUGAACCAAGAUACCACACCUGGGGGACACCACAGUCUGGACUUCGAAGAUAAGUCAAAGCUGCGUCAGGCCUGGUCGGCACUGGUCGGCCAAUAUUCUGACUGUGAGUUCUCACGAAACUCCGAUAAGUUUAUUGCUCUGACCGGACUGGCCAAUAAAAUGCGAGAUGCUACGGGUGAUGAGUAUGUCGCCGGACUCUGGAGGAAGGACCUCCACAGGCAGUUGUGCUGGGUACCGGACAUCGAUUCCCGGUUCAGAUUUGACCGCUUUACGGCAACGACAUACUUAGCUCCAACGUGGUCGUGGGCAAAUGCAGAUGGUCCUGUGAUGUAUGACCUAAGAUACAUCGCGCGAGAAAGAAGACUCGCUCUCACUUGCCGAAGUAACUGA